ACUCCGAUCGAGGCGAUGCCCCCCACACCACACGUCCGCGACCGCGACGCCGCGACGCUACCGCCAGCAUCACCACCACUACCCGGCCAUGGCCACGCUGCUCCCCUCGUUUCCGCACGCCCUCUCCAAGCCCCGCCACCUCCACCACCACCACUCCCACGUCGCCGCCGCCUCCGCCAGGCCCGAUGCCCCCAGCCCCGCCUCCGCCUCCGCCUCCGCGGCGCCCGCCAGCUCCCUCCUCCGCCGCCUCAUCGCGCGCGACGACCUCGCCGAGGCCGCGCGCCUCGUCGAGACCUCCACCUCCCGCGGCGAGGCGCCCGACGUCUACCUCUGCACCAAGCUCAUCCGCAACCUCUGCCGCCGCGGCCGCACCUCCGACGCCGCGCGCGUCCUCCGCACCGCCGAGGCCUCCGGCGCCCCCGUCGACGUCUUCGCCUACAACACCCUCGUCGCCGGCUACUGCCGCUACGGCCGCCUCGACGCCGCGCGCCGCCUCAUCGCCGCAAUGCCCGUCCCGCCCGACGCCUACACGUACACGCCCAUCAUCCGGGGCCUCUGCGACCGCGGCAGGGUCGGCGACGCGCUCGCCCUGCUCGACGAUAUGCUCCGGCGCGGCUGCCAGCCCAGCGUCGUCACCUACACCGUCCUCCUCGAGGCCGUCUGCAAGAGCAGCGGCUUCGGGGAGGCCAUGAACGUCCUCGACGAGAUGCGCGCCAAGGGCUGCACGCCCAACAUUGUCACCUACAACGUCAUCAUCAACGGCAUGUGCAGGGAGGGCCGCGUCGACGAUGCCAGGGAGAUCUUGAACCGGCUGUCGUCUUAUGGGUUCCAGCCCGACAUCGUCAGUUACACCACCGUGCUCAAGGGCUUGUGUGCCGCUAGGCGGUGGGACGACGUCAAGGUGCUCUUUGCUGAGAUGGUGGAGAAGAACUGCGUGCCCAAUGAUGUUACCUUUGACAUGCUAGUCAGAUUCUUCUGUCGCGGGGGUAUGGUGGAGAGGGCGAUCGAAGUUCUUCAGCAAAUGUCACAACAUGGAUGCACACCCAACACUACCUUGUGCAACAUUGUCAUAAACGCUAUGUGUAAACAAGGUCGUGUGGAUGAUGCCUAUGACUUCUUGAACAACAUGGGCAUGUAUGGGUGCAAUCCUGAUACCAUUAGCUAUACUACUGUGCUAAGGGGCUUGUGUCGUGCCGGCCGAUGGGAGCAUGCCAAGGAGCUAUUGCCCGAGAUGGUCCGAAAGAACUGCCCCCCAAAUGAGGUCACAUUCAAUACAUUCAUCUGUAUCUUGUGCCAGAAAGGAUUGAUUGAGCAAGCUAUCAAGCUUAUUCAACUGAUGCCGGAGUAUGGAUGUUCAGUGGGUAUUGUCACAUACAACGCUCUUGUCCAUGGCUUCUGUGUGCAAGGGCGUGUUGAUAGUGCUCUUGAGUUGUUUAACAAUCUUCCAUGUGAGCCCAACACCAUUACAUACACUACGUUGUUGACAGGCUUGUGCCAUACCGAGCAGCUGGAUGCUGCUGCAGAGCUCUUGGCUGAGAUGAUUCAGAAGGAUUGCCCUCUAAAUGCGGUGACUUUCAACGUACUUGUGAGUUUCUUCUGUCAAAAAGGGUUUGUCGAGGAAGCAAUCGAACUUGUGUAUCAAAUGAUGGAGCAUGGUUGCACCCCUAACCUGAUCACAUUUAAUACUUUACUCGAUGGGAUCACCAAGGAUUGCAACUCAGAAGAAGCGCUGGAGCUAUUGCAUGGUUUGGUCAGUAAGGGAGUAUCCCUAGAUACGAUAACCUACUCUUCAGUCGUUGAUGUCCUCUCAAGAGAAGAUAGAACUGAAGAAGCCAUUCAGAUGUUUCAUGCCGUGCAAGAUAUGGGGAUGAGACCAAAAGCUGGGAUGUAUAACAAGAUACUGUUUGCCCUCUGUAAAAGAUGUGAAACAGAUCAGGCUAUUGAAUUUUUUGCUUAUAUGGUGUCUAACGGUUGCAUGCCUAACGAGUCGACCUACAUUAUACUCAUUGAAGGCCUUGCCCAUGAGGGUCUGUUGAAGGAAGCACAAUAUGUACUGAGUGAGUUGUACACGAAAGGAGUUCUAAGCAAGAGUUUAAUUGAAGACCAUCAGUAAGGUUGUGGUUCACACUGUGCAUAUGCCUUAUUACUGAAGAGUGAGAAAGAAAAUUGUGCAUAUGCUUUGAGUCAUGAGGCUUUCGUGCUUAUUAAAUUCUGCUGAGUCUCCAUGGGCCUCAUUUACAGCAAGGUGGAAUCGGGUGGCAUGCUUUAUGUGUGUGCUUCAAGCUACAAUGAUCCAUAAAGAUGGGAUAGAUCUUUGAAGUGUGAAGACCAAGGAAAUCAAAAGGACGGUCUGGAGGAUAACACAAGCAAAUAAGAUAAAAACAUGUUCAUACUUGUAACGGCCGAAUAAAAGAUACAGGCCAAUAAAGUUUCUUAGAAACACUUCUCAGUUUCAGCAGAUUGAGACUAAAUUGUUGAAUUAUUUGACUAUACUUCUCCGUGUUUAUAAACAUUUUGGUUUGUCUUCCAUGAGCAAUGGUAUGUGCACAAUUGCUUUC